CGAGAGCACACGACCAAAUCCAACCGAUUUCCGUAUCAAAGAGGAUUCGAGAUCAGGAGAGAGAGAGAGGAGAAGUUUCCCCCACGAGCCGGGCAGGGCUGGGCUAACUAGGGUUCCAUUCCCCGCCAUGGCGUCCACCUCGCCGCCGCGCUCCGGCGACGCCUCCCCGUCCUCCUCCUCCUCGCCCCUCCUCCUCCCUCCCCAGGCGUCCCCCGACCGCCGCGGCGGCGCCGGCGGCGGCGGGGGAGGGCUGCUGCCGGGGCUCCGCGGCGCGGCGCGGUUCCUCGGCCGCACGGGGAGCAGGCGGCUCAUGCGGGAGCCGUCCGUCGCGGUGCGGGAGACGGCGGCGGAGCACCUCGAGGAGCGCCAGACCGACUGGGCCUACUCCAAGCCCGUCGUCGUGCUCGACGUGCUCUGGAACCUCGCCUUCGUCGCCGUCGCGGCCGCGGUGCUCGCCGCGUCGCUCGACGAGGCACCCUCCGUGCCGCUCCGCCUCUGGCUCGCCGGGUACGUGCUCCAGUGCCUCUUCCACGUCCUCUGCGUCACCGUCGAGUACAGGCGUCGCCGGGAGGUGCGCGGCGGCGGCGCUGGGCUGGAUCAGGGGGCUGCGGGUGAUGGGGAUUUCAGGCUCAGUAUUGUGAAGCACCUGGAGUCUGCGAACACAAUGUUUUCUUUCAUAUGGUGGAUCAUUGGAUUCUACUGGAUAUCUGCAGGUGGCCAAGAUUUGUCACAUGAUGCUCCUCAACUUUACUGGCUCUCCAUUGUGUUUCUGGCAUUCGAUGUUUUCUUUGUUGUCUUUUGUGUUGCCUUGGCCUGUGUGAUUGGCAUUGCUGUCUGUUGCUGCCUCCCUUGCAUUAUUGCUAUCUUAUAUGCUGUAACUGAUCAGCAGGAAGGAGCAUCAGAAGAGGACAUCAACAACCUAUCCAAAUUCAAAUUUCGGACAAUGGGUGAUGCAGACAAGCUGGUUGCUGGAAUCGCAGCACCUGUGGGUGGAGUAAUGACUGAGUGUGGCACCAAUCCUCCUGUUGACCGCUUUCUUUCUGCUGAGGACGCUGAGUGCUGCAUCUGCUUGUGCCCCUAUGAAGAUGGCGCAGAACUUCGAGAACUCCCCUGCAAUCAUCAUUUCCACUGUACCUGCAUAGACAAGUGGCUUCACAUUAAUGCAACAUGCCCCCUGUGCAAGUUCAACAUCAUCAAGAGCAACCUUGGGCCAGAAGAGGUCUAGGGCGCACAGGACGAACAAUCUGCCCAACUAUCUUUUAGCUAUGGUUCCUUCAGGUGUAAGUACGAGGUAUAGGUGGUGCACAGCUGGUUAAUGGAAUCAACUCCGUCACUAUCCACUCUUUAGUGAAAUGUUUUUAGUAGCUUCCUGAAUCUUGAUGCCCGUAGAGAUGUACAUUCUUCUCUCCCUAGUCCAAUUGCGUCCCAGAUUCUCGUUUACAUCUUGUAGGAAGGGCUGAAUAAAUACAUGGAAACGCAGUGGUUUGUAAAAAAAUUGGUUGUGGAAUUGGAGCUUUGUUGACAGCUACAUUCUGUCUCCUUGCUGUGCAGUAAAUGCGCAUUCUACGUUUUGGUGCCU